CGGACCCUGACUGUGGCGGUGCUGGCCAGCGCGCCACAACGGCUAACCAGCAAGGAAGGCACCCUUGCUCCACUGCCAUAUAAAAAGCCACAGCCGUGGGAUGUGAGGAUGGGAUCACGACGAACAAAUUGAAAAUCACAAUGCUUUUUAGACAGGGCCCGCGAAGGCCGCUGUUUCUCGGCCGCAGUGUCUGGAUCGGCCAUCUGCUGGCCUCUCGGGGCUACCGUACCUCGAAGGCAGCAUCAGCCUUAACAUCGAGCACGAACGGGGCAAAGAGCGACGAUGAGAGUCGCCCAGCCAGGACCCGGUUUGCUCCGUCUCCAACAGGAUUCCUCCACAUGGGAUCUCUGCGCACGGCGCUGUUCAACUAUCUCCUGGCCAGGUCCACAGGCGGCCAGUUCUUGUUGCGAUUGGAGGACACAGACCGUACGAGGAUCGUACCUGACGCCGAAAAGCGGCUAUACGAGGACUUGCGUUGGGCCGGGCUGAGCUGGGAUGAAGGCCCGGAUAUCGGAGGACCCAAGGGCCCGUACAGGCAGUCUGAGCGUCUACAUCACUACCGGAAAUACGCGCAGGAGUUGCUCGACAAGGACAGAGCCUACCGCUGCUUCUGCACCAAGGAGGAGCUCGAAGCCUCGCAGCUAGACUCCCAGGCCGAGAGCGGGCACACCGGGCGGUACCCCGGCACCUGCCUCGCCGUCACGGCCGACGAGUCCGAGGAACGCGCAGCGCGGGGCGAGCCACAUGUGAUCCGGUUCAAGAGCUCCAAAAAGCCGGUCCUGGUCCAAGAUGUUGUGUACCGCCGCUUCAAAAAGCGGGGGGCCGAGGACGACUUCAUCAUCAUGAAGAGCGACGGGUUCCCGACCUACCACUUCGCCAAUGUCGUGGACGACUACCUCAUGGAAGUCACCCACGUGGUACGCGGCGCCGAGUGGCUCGUGUCGACACCGAUGCACUGCGACCUCUACGCGGCCCUCGGCUGGAAGGAGCCCGUCUUUGCGCACGUCGGCUUGCUCGUCAACGCGGAGCGCCAGAAGCUAAGCAAGCGCAACUCGGACAUCCAGAUCUCGUCCUACCAGGAGAAGCACAUACUCCCAGAGGCUCUGCUGAACUUUCUCGUGACGCUCGGCUGGCGCGCCCCUUCCCGCAAAGGCAUCAUGACCCUGCAGCAGCUAGUCGAAUGCUUUAAUCUGAAAUUCACAAAGGGCGACAUCGUCACGGAGCUGGAAAAGCUCGAGUUCUACCAGCGUAAGCAUCUUGAACGGCUGCUAACCGAACCCCCGGCCGACCACCAACCUGAUCCGAGGUUACCUGAUCCGAGGUUACCUGAUCCGAAGUUACUUGAUCCGAGGUUGGAACCGGUUCUGCGUGCGGUGGCAGACGAGAUCCGGGCCCUCGAGGCCAGCCGGACCGGCGGCAACUCUUCGGAAUUCCCCGAGCCUCCAAAUUCGCCAGCGCCCAUCGACACGGCACCCCUCGGCAGCCUGCACCCCGCCGUGGAGGAUGAUCUCGAGGCCGCCGGGGGCCGGCAAGAGUACGUGCUGGCGGCCCUGCGGCUCCUGGCGCACAAGGCCUGGCCGCUCGAGGGCCUGGUCGCGGCCAACAGGUACAUCUUUUGGCGCCCGAGCCGCGCCCACCUGCUCGAGACGCUGGGCCAGCUACGGGAGGCCCUGGGGGAGGUUGAGGUUGUGGCCGACGGCUCCGCGGAUGGAGUUCGCGUGGCCCUCGCCUCGGCGCGGCGGGCCCUAGAGCCCCUGGACCACGAGAUGUCCUGGACGGCCGACCGCCUCGGCGAAGUCAUCGAGUUCGUCAACGACUCCGUCGUAUGCCAUGAGCCGGGGACGGGGCUGCCUAUCGCACACGCCACUUUCAAGCUGUGGAGGUGGGCGAUGGCGGGGCUGGACCCGGGGCCGCCCAUCCAUGCCCUCCUUGAGUUGCUGGGCCGCGAGGAGGCGCUCGCGCGAUUGGACCAGGCCAUCGAGCUCGCCGCGGAGGCCGGCUGGGGCUAGUCCAUAGUUUUACUUGGAAGCACGUAGUUGGGCUCUAUAUCUGUGCCUGGUCUGGAUCUUUCUGGGUGGUAUUUUCUCCCUGACGGUUUUUUAUUCUAUGUUUGUAAUAUUGUAUCAUUACUCUACUGCCGCCCGGCGGAUACAGCCUCUCAUUGGGCCGCUCCCGAUAGGAUUCAGUCCCCCCAUCUCGGCUUGCUCAGCCCUGCGUAACCUCAUUCAGACCGACGGGGCGAGAACACGCGGUUCCU